GUGGUCUCAUUAACUGCACGAGUAUUGAAAGUCGCGAAAUAAUUAUCAUGUCUCAAAAAUCUUACAAACUCUACUAUUUUCGCGCACGAGGCCGCGGAGAAUUCAUUCGGCUAGCUUUUCUCAUCGCUGGAGUCGAAUUCGAGGACUUCUGUGUCGAUUUUGAAAAGGACUGGCCUGCCUUCAAAGCGACUGGGAAGUGCCCCUUUAAUCAGGUGCCAAUACUGGAAAUAAAGGAGGAUGCCAAAUCAGAACCAAUUGUUCUUAGCCAGUCUGUGGCCAUCUUACGAUAUCUUGCAAACGAGUUUGGACUUGCACCCGAUAGUAACUUGGGCAAAGCAAAGGCUGACGCAAUUGUGGAUGCAGUGAUGGAUAUCAGGGCUAAGAAGAGAGAUGUACACUUUGAAAGGGAUCCAUCACUCAAGGAAAAACUCUCAAAGGACUUUCUAGAGUCUCACCUACCAUCUGCUCUGAAGAGUUUUCAAAGGUUACUUGAAGCAAAUGAAGGAGGGCAAGGUUUUUUUGUUGGGAAAAAGCUAACCUAUGCAGACAUAUCAUUUUUUAACUUUCUGAACAGCUGGGUUGCUAAGGACAAGAUUAAAGGAUACCCAGCUGAAUUAGAGAAUUUUCCCUUGUUACGAGGCCUCUAUGAGCGUGUACGAGAUAUCCCAGCUGUGAAGAAAAGGCUUGAAACCAGGCCAGACACUAUGUUGUCAUUUUUACUCAUUUGCAAAUUUGAGUUAAAACUGUCUGCCUCACGCACCAAGAUGCCGAGCUAUAAACUCACCUAUUUUGACAUCAGAGGAAGAGGAGAACCAGCACGAUUGGUUUUCAAAGCGGCUGGAAAGGAGUUUGAGGAUAAGCGUGUGACAUUCGAAGAGUGGGGAGCCUUGAAAGCUUCUUCAGAGUUUCCGUUUGGUCAGCUUCCAGUGCUUGAAGUUGAUGGAGUGAUGCUUUCUCAAUCGUUUUCUAUAGCAAGAUUUUUAGGCAAUGAAUUUGGUCUUACUCCCUCCACCAAUUUGGAAAAGGCUAAAGCAGACAUGAUUGUGGAUGGCGCUGCUGAUUUAACCGAAAAACAUGCUUCAGCUUUCUUUGAAAAAGACCCAACUAGAAAGGCUAAGUUGCAAGAGGAAGUGAAAGCUGCUACCCCUGGAUUUCUCGCUCGCUUUGAGAAACUUCUUAAGGGCAAUAAUGUUGGGAAAGGAUUCUUUGUUGGUGACAAGCUAACCUAUGCAGACAUCAUCUUCUUUAACAUGGUAAAUGCCCUCUUUGCACAAGGAAAGGUGGAGGUUCCAGCAUUGAUCAAAGAUUUUCCUCUUUUGAUGUCUCAUUAUGAGCGUGUUAUGGCGAUCCCAAACAUCAACGAGUAUCUCAAAACACGACCUGAAUCAGCCAUGUGAAAGGGAUGGUUUAUAAACAUCUGAGUUACUAAAGCUCAAACGAAUUUAAACAAGUGCUUAAACACUGAAAAGUUUGUUUGUGCCAAU